GUUCACGCCACGCCUCUGCGUGAAGAAUGUCAUCGUCAGAUUGAGACAAGUUCCGAACGUCGCGAGCGCUUUCGAUUUUUAGCGUUAUUAUUAUUAUUGUUUGUUUGUUUGUUUACAGCCGGACUACAUGCGGAAAUGGCGUACCAGUACAGACCUCCUCAAUAUACCAGCACGCCGCCUGACCAAGCUUUCCUGUGGAAUAUAUUUCAGAGGGUGGACAAGGACAGGAGUGGAUCGAUCUCCGAUACGGAGCUUCAGCAAGCUCUGUCAAAUGGCACAUGGACACCGUUCAAUCCUGUGACUGUCAGAUCGAUUAUAGCCAUGUUCGACCGCGAUAACAAAGGUGGAGUGAACUUUAACGAGUUUGCUGGCGUAUGGAAGUACAUCACCGACUGGCAGAACAUCUUCCGCACUUACGACCGUGACAACUCAGGGUUCAUCGACAAGAAUGAGUUGAAACAGGCUCUCACCAGCUUCGGGUAUCGUCUCUCAGACCAGUUCUAUAACACGCUGAUCGAGAAGUUUGACCGGCAGAGGAAAGGGCAGGUAGCUUUCGACGACUUCAUACAGUGCUGCAUUGUACUACAGAGGUUAACUGACGUCUUCAGGCGAUACGACACGGACCAGGACGGCUGGAUCCAGGUCUCCUACGAGCAGUAUCUCUCGAUGGUCUUCAACAUCGUAUAGCACAGCACAACCACACACACCAGUGCCAAACAACAAAUGUCUCUCUUUCCACUGGUCUUCUGCCAGUGACACCAUACACACCUCACUGAAGUAUUAUGGGACAGGAGAUUUGCACUUCAGUGAAUGGAUCUUUGUGUCUGUCUGUUUUCAUCUUUCUUUACGUUGUUAAACUUAAUUCAUGUAAAAAAAAAAAGAAAAGACGGUAAUACUAAGCCCCCUUUUUUCAUAUUAAAGAACUCUGCGUGGUAAAUCGCAUCGUGUCGUAGUAACAUUCAGAUGCAUGCCUUCUGACGUAAAACACGCCGUUACUGUGAAAGCAUGCUCGAGCUCGUUCUGUCGUUUCCUAUUAGAAGCCAUGACCAUUUUGAGAGGUGCAUUUGAACACGCAGAAGAAUUUGAGAUCGCAGGAACAGGCACUUUUGUACUGUUGUGUGCAUGAAGCUUUGCAACUGCAAAAACCUCAAUGUUUUAUUAAAAAAAAAAAAAAAAAAAAAAA